AUGACGAUAUUUAUUGCAGCGAAUGCUUACUACUAUAGGGUUAUUUGCACGAUAACUGGCUAUGGAUGUUCGAAUGGCUACGGUGGGACAGGAUACGGUGGAUCAGGAGGAUAUGGUGGAGGGGGAGUAGGUGGUUACGGUGGAGGUUACUCAGGAACGGGUGGUUACGGUGGAGGUUAUUCCGGACUGGGUGGUUACGGUGGAGGUUAUACCGGAUUAGGUGGUUACGGUGGGGGUUAUGGUGGAGGUUACUCGAGAAUGGGUGGUUACGGUGGCUAUGGGGGAAUGACUGGAGGAAUGGGAGGGUAUGGUGGAUUUGGAGGGUCCGGUGGGCUUGGGGGUGGAUUUGGUGGAUGUAGUGGUUAUGGAGGAUACGGAUGUUCCAGUGGUGGUUCCAGUGGUGGUUUCAGUGGCAGCGGCUACGGAGGUCAGGGUAAUUAUGGUGGAGGCUAUGCACCGCUUUAUCUUGUCUUCCCAAAUUGGAAUGGUGAUGGAUCGUCGAGUGAAGUUGCUGGUAAAUCGAGGAUUGGAUCAACAGUCAAUGGAAAAUGCCCAGAUGCUGCUACAAAGUCAGGUGAUUCGUGUUAUAUAUGA